ACGCAUGCCGGAAGCAUUAGAGAUUUACUUCAAAGUAAGAGCAAGUGACAGGUGACGCUUUAGAUAACGGUCAUUUUUACUUUUAGGUUGCCUGUUUCUUUAAAAAUUUGUUCCAAUAUAACCGCUGGUUACCUCAUCAAACUGUUUGUAGGUCAAGGUAUUUUCCAGUAUCUCUGUGUGUAUUCUGUGAAUCAUUACUUUGACAUAAAGACUAUGAGAUAAUGAAUAAAUGUCACAGUUAUGUUAGGGAAUAUAUAUAUUUACAGGUUUCAUUUUAACUGUGAACUAAACAAAGGUCCACUUAGCAGCUGUUUUUGGAGCUUUUUCUUGUAUUAUUAUCUCCAACAAGCAGAUGGAGUUUUCCCCAGUUGUCCCAGUUGAGAUGUAGAUGUUAGAAUUUCCAUUUUCUUCAGGUCCAUGCUGGCUUAAAAAUUGAGUGUUGCGUAAAACCAUGAGAUGUGACUGAAAGCUUCAUAACAGGCUCUAAUGGAUGUUUUUUUGUCUUGUAUUUAUUUAUUUGUUUGUUUAUUCAGAAAUGCCUGUUUUUGACUGGCCUGUUUAUAAUCUGCUUUGUGAAAUACCAAGGAUGGAUUACAAACCAAGCAAAGCAGACAACUGCCCCCAGGGCCCCAGACCCCCAGGGGGCCACAAAGACACCAGCUUGUCUGUUUAGCAACAACUUUGUCUUCGGUAACAUGUACCAGAAAAGCACAAUAUAAUCUUAAACGAUGAGGGUUUUGAGGUUGCUGUAGAUUGAUGAUGUGUUAAAAAUGUAGUUAGUCUUUUGGGCUUUUAUGCUUUUAUUUGAUAGCUGACAGUAAAGAGAUUAAGGGAAAUGAAGGGAGAGAUGGAGAGAUGGGGAAUGUGAUGCAACUAAGGUCGUUGGCCUGAUAUGAACCCAGGAUGCUGUGGUUUUGUAGUUAGUGCUUUAACCCCUCAGUCACCAAGGUGUCCCUAAAAUCUAGUUCUAAUACUUUUAAUAAUCCAGUUGACAUUACAGUGUGUUUACUUGCUGCAUAUGCUUGAACAAAUGUGCGUUUAAUCAAAGGGAUAAUAGGGGCCCAGACUUUAUUUUUACAUGAGCAGGUUAAUCUGUGUGGUGCAGUUUAUUUUUAUUAUAACCCAGUCAUGGGUAUGGGUGAUGGGCAAAGCCCUCACUGGGCUAUCAAAAAUCUGUUUGUGGGGGAAAGGUGCUACAGGUUAGAUGUUGUCUCGAAAAAUGUAAGACAACAGCCGUUUAAAUUCCAGCCAGGCCUUUAUUUUGAAAACCUACGAUACCUGAAAUUCUGUGUGGUUUGACACUUGGACAGAUGCGCAGGGAUUCUCCUGUCAGAGACAUGUAAGAGCCUGUCUAGAAGCCAAGUUUGACAUCGUCUGACAACCGCUCACCCUAACAGAACCGACUGUCUGACUCUGCUGCGCCAUUUACGCCCUCUUUAGUAAUUUGUGGCGCAACGCUGCGCUUCUGACGCUCGAGCGCGCUCUGGAAAGGACCGCUUAUUUUUAGAGCGCAGAUAGGGACAGCAGGGGAAAUGAAAGACAGCAAAGUUUCGAUUACUAUAACGGAAAAUUUAAAGUUUAUGAAAAGCUAACCGAGAUUCUUCAUUGUAUAUUACAUAAAGUAGGCUACAGUUUGUUUGUGUCUUUAUAUAAAUCUGUUUUUGGCCGUCAAAUUUUCCCACGGACCUUUUGUGACUGGUAUGUUUUUAAAUACAAGUUAUUACAAAGCUCUUUGUCCUCACAGAGCUGGACUAUUUAUUUUGAUAAAGCGUCUUAGCAACGAAACAGACGAAACUACGCCCUUCCCGUGACGUCUGUGAAGAUAUGUGAGAUUGAUCACUCAUUGGCACACAGACAGAAACAGUGUGAGCAGUGCGGUGGUCAGUGAAGGCAUCACAGUACUGUGAUCAUCUGACCGAUGGACUCACGGAAAAAAUUAUCAUCUGCAGCAUGAACCAAAGUGCAGAAAGAAAAUGAUCAAAACAAGUCACAUUGUUGUCAGAUGAGCUAAGCCUUACAAGCCCUGCAGUGACUGUUUCUGAUCAGCAGGGGGGGCCGCACACAUCCUAUGAUAGAUAGACAGAUAGAUAGAUAGAUAGAUAGAUAGAUAGAUAGAUAGAUAGAUAGAUAGAUAGAUAGAUAGAUAGAUAGAUAGAUAGAUAGAUUUGUAUUAUGUUUGUGCAUUGCAACACAACACUCUAGCACUAGCAAUAACUAGCACAGACAGACAAGCCUGUUGAUUAGCUGUAAUUACACUUCUCUGCUCAGCAGUCAACCACAGGCUUCAGGCUGUCUGUCUGCACCAGCCUGUGGCGAUGAUGACAAAGUGCAGAUAGCUUAUUUAAUGUUGCCCAACACUUUGAAAUUGGUUGUUUAGUCCUUUUUUUUUGUAAGACCUGGGGAUUACGGAAGACCCUUACUGCCAGAAAAAAAAGUAAAGUUAGUCUUUAACUAACUAACUUAGUCUUUGUGUCUUAUGUUCCACUGAGUAAGUCUUAGCUUUUAAAUAGUAUUUCAUAUUCUGAUUUAGUAAGUCUUAGUCUUUGACUUAGUAUUUCUUAGUUUCUACAUAACAAAACCACAAUUUUGGCUUCCCCAUAGUUUUGACUUUGUAUUUUGAACUUUUUUAUUUAGUGAGCCUUUAUUGUAACGUAAUAUUUCAGAGUUUUGACUUACGUUGUCUUGUAAUUUUGACUACGGCAUAGGCUACUUUUCACCUGGUAUUUAAAAACUUUAACUCACAAUCUCAUAAUUUAAUAAAUCUCAAUUUACCAUGAGUAGGCCUAUUGUUAUUUAAAUCAUGUGUGAUACUAAUCUAUUUUCACACCUUUCUUGGCAGGUAUGGACUUCCAUACAUUAAAUUUCUUCACAGAGGGUGGCUUUUUAGCUUAUAGGCUGCCUUCUUCACUUCACUCACCAAAAGCAAAACAAACAAACAAAAAAAGGUUGCCAGACAAGAAUACACACCCAGUGAAGUGUAGGCCUACACAUAACAGUAAGUGAAAAGGGGAAUACACAAACAGCAACUGGAGAAACCAAGUGAGAGGGAGAAAAUGUCCACAUGGCCUGCUGUCAUAAUAUCACAUAUCAGAUUAUUGGCAAUGAGACUCUCAUAUUUUUAUAUGAUGAUGCAAACUAAUAGAUAUAGACCAAAAAGUAUAUUAGAGACUUUUUAGUCUUACCUUUAAUUUUGUGCAGUUUCCUACCUCAAAACCACAAUUUACCAUGAGUAAGAAACCCGGAAAUAGUGAGAUUGGGGGUUGGACCUCGUGUGUGUGUGUGUGUGUGUGUGUGGAGUUAGAGAGAGGGUGAGAGAGAGAGAGAGAGAGAGAGAGAGAGAGAGAGCGAGAGAGCAGUACUCCAGUCUGCACCCUUGGGAAGAAACAUCUUAUUCAUUUGGGAAUAUCGAUAUGUAUUAAUCAGUAAGGAUAGGAAACUUUCUGCAGCAUCCUCUCCCCCGGCACACGGACCAACCUGCUUCUUAUUUUUUACUUCCCGGAUUUAAAGGGUUUCAACGCGACUAACAUCUCCCUGCGUUCAUUCAUAAGCGGUGACAAGUCGCGUUCUGGCUCGGAUGUGCGACAGAGGAGCUUCAGACCAGGCACACGGUGUCCCCCCUUCAAUAGAAAGGAGUAAACAGGGCGAGCUGCGAGAGGAAUACAAAUUGUACCGGUGAAAGAAAACGUCCGACAAGAAGAAUGAGUCGAGCUGCCGAUGUGGAGCGUUAAACCCCGAAAAGAUUUAGUUUGUACUUGUCAGGCCGAUCCUGUCCGCCUCCAGCCCCAAAAGAGGAUUCAGAGGAGUCUACUUUGUUGUUUUUGUGUGUGAUCUACUAACUAAACGGUGGAAUGACAGUCAAGCUGGACUUCGAGGAGUGUUUGAAGGACUCCCCGCGCUUCAGGGCUGAAAUCGAAGUGGUCCAAAGUGAUGUGAGUGAACUCGAGACGCGAUUAGACAAGCUUGUGAAACAAUGUCAGGCCAUGCUGGACGCAGGCAGGGUCUACUGCCAGACCAGCAAGAGCUUCGUCAACGGCCUCCGGGAGCUGGGACACCACUGCUCCGGGGACAAAAUGAUGGAGGAGUGUUUGGACAAAUUUUCCAAAAAGCUGUCCAUCAUCUUGGACGCGCAGGGGGAAGUGAUUGAGACCACGCAGAUGGCAGUCAAGACGAAGCUACAGAACUUUGUCAAAGAGGAUGUUCGCCGGUUCAAGGAUGUGCGCAAGGAGUUUGAGCGCGGCAGUGAAUGCCUGGAGGGGGCGCUGGUGAGGAACGCUCAGGCCCCACGGGGGAAACAACACGAAGUGGAGGAGGCGAGCAAUGCUUUGCUCAACGCACGCAAGACCUUUCGGGCUACAGCCCUGGAUUACGUCUUGCAGGUUAAUGUCAUUGAGGCCAAGAAGAAGACAGACAUUUUGAUGGCAAUGUUGUCGCUGAUGGAGGCCCAGGCCCAGUUCUUCCAACAUGGCCACCAGUCUCUGUCAGAACUGGACGAGUAUAGGCGAAAACUGAAUGAAGAGCACACACAGUUUGUCCUAAACUCUGCCCGGGAGAAGAGGGACAUGGAGCAAAGACACGCUGCAAUUAAGAAAAAGGAUGUGUCCUACGACGACUCCAUCAUGGAUUUCAAUGCCGACGCAGCUAACGGGAUCGCCAUGGAAGGAUACCUCUACAAGAGAGCCAGCAACGCCUUCAAGACCUGGAGCAGGCGUUGGUUUUCAAUUCAAAAAAAUCAGCUGGUGUAUCAGAAGAAAUUCAAGGACCAGCCUACAGUUGUGGUGGAGGACUUGCGUCUUUGCACAGUCAAGCCCAGUGCAGAAAAUGAGAGACGAUUCUGCUUUGAAGUGGUCUCCCCGUCAAAGAGCUGUUUGUUGCAGGCAGACUCGGAAAGACAGCAGCAGGAGUGGAUUAGCGCCGUCCAAAACAGCAUUGCCUCAGCCUUUCAGGAGCACAGAGAAGACCCACACAGCCCAAGACAACGCUGCAGCUCGGUGUCGGUGAGCAGUUUGGGAGGAGGAGGAGGUGGAGGAGGAGGAGGAGGAGGAGGAGGAGUGGAUCAGGAAAAAGAGGGCUGCAAGGCGCUGGAGGAGGUUCAGGCGAUCCCGGGGAACAAACAGUGCUGUGACUGCGGGGAACCCGGUCCUGAUUGGGCCUCCAUCAACCUGGGCAUCACGCUUUGUAUCGUCUGCUCAGGAAUACACAGGAGCCUGGGAGUCCAUUUCUCCAAAGUACGCUCCCUCACUCUUGACUCUUGGGAGCCAGAGCUCAUUAAGUUAAUGUGUGAAUUAGGAAACACAGUAAUCAACAGGAUUUACGAAGCCCGGAUCGACGAGAUCACCAUCAAAAAGCCCCACCCCUCCAGUCCCAGAGGAGACAAGGAGUCGUGGAUCCGAUCAAAGUAUGUUGAAAAGAAGUUCAUCCAAAAGCUUCCUGAGACCGGCAGGAACCCCGUACUGAGGCGAUCCAGCGGCAGGAGGAACCGAGCGACCACGCAGAUCGGACCGCGACCGCCACUCAAACCCAAACCAAACAGAGCCACUCUGCCUCGGGUCACAGGGCUGAGCCCCAGUGACCUUGUCCAAAAGAACAAUACGGGCUUUCACAAAGAUGUGGAAGAGGAAGAAGAGGAUCUGAGUGGACUUCACCCUGGGGCGCUGCUGUACCGCUCGGCAGCCCUGCAGAACUUCCCUGUCAUGGCCGACGCUUUGGCCCACGGGGCUGACGUCAACUGGGUCAACGUGGCCGAGGAGUCCAGCACGCCGCUGAUACAGGCUGUCACAGCAAAUGCCCUGGCGGCCUGCGAGUUCCUGCUGCAGAACGGUGCUAACGUCAACCAAGCAGACAGCAACGGGAGAGGACCGCUUCACCACGCCACCAUCCUGGGUCACACUGGGUUGGUUUGUCUCUUCUUGAAGCGAGGUGCAGACUACAACGCCAGAGACAAGAACCAGAAAGACCCCAUUACUAUCGCUGUGGACAACGCCAACGCUGACAUCGUCACUUUGCUGCGGAUCGCCAAGAUGAAUAAGGAGAUGCGGGAGAUGGACGGAGCCUUCGGACAAUCAGGUGAUGAAACCUACCACGACAUCUUCAGAGACUUUUCCCACAUGGCCUCAAACAACCCAGAGAAGCUCAAACGGCGCAGUGCAGAUGCCAAAUCUUAACCAGCCCUCUUCACCCCUUGCUGUAAAAUGCCACAUGUCCCACUUCAGCUGACAUAUUUUCAAACACACACGCACACAUAGAAAACAUGCUUGGAUCCAACUCACAGGCAUGCAGACACACAUACAUUCAUUUCCCCUGGCUACCUGCCACAUGUUCAGUUCAGUCAUAGCUCAGCUGGUGUUGACUUCAGAGGGGAUGAACGCUCCAAACAGUGAAUUCUUUGUGUGAACACAUCAGACCAGAACAAUUGUGUCCAAGUGGGAACACUGGAUCAGCUUUAUGAGACCAGCAUGAGGUGUCUUUAUGUGUAGCAGGGGGUAACACCAUCACUCUGCCAAGAUUUCCUAAUUAAAUCCUGUUAAUCUUUCUUUUAAGCUUGAAGGGCUGAUUUUAUGUUCUUCUGCCAUUUCCACUGAAUUGUUACAUGAAAAGGAGUGAAAAUGUUUAUUGUAAGUGAACACAGCUGAUGAAGAUUUUUACAUUUGGGACAUUUGUUUUGACACUGUACAUGUGUGUUUUGUUAAACUGUGUGAGGUACGUGAGAUUUAUAUGAUGAUCAAAUAAACCGCAAUGAGUGUGUUAAAGUUUUAAACAAUAA